GGGGCGGGGCCGCCGCGAGGCGCAGAGGCUUUAGGCUGAGCGGGUGUAGGCGGGCGGCCGGCAGAGGAGGUGCGAUCCGGGCUGUAGCGUUCCGGCCAGGCCAUGGCAGCGUCACCCCUGAAAGUGUGCAUCGUGGGCUCCGGGAACUGGGGUUCAGCUGUUGCAAAAAUAAUUGGUGAUAAUGUCAAGAAACUACAGAAGUUUGCCUCUACGGUCAAGAUGUGGGUCUUUGAAGAAACGGUUAAUGGGAGAAAACUGACAGACAUCAUCAAUAAUGACCAUGAAAAUGUGAAAUAUCUCCCUGGACAUAAGCUGCCAGAAAAUGUGGUUGCCGUCGCUAACCUUGGCGAGGCGGUGAAGGACGCAGACCUGCUGGUGUUUGUCAUCCCCCACCAGUUCAUCCACCGAAUCUGUGACGAGAUCACGGGGAGGGUGCCCAAGGAUGCGCUGGGCAUCACCCUCAUCAAGGGCAUAGACGAGGGUCCUGAGGGGCUGAAGCUCAUUUCCGACAUCAUCCGAGAGAAGAUGGGUAUUGACAUCAGCGUGUUGAUGGGAGCCAACAUUGCCAAUGAGGUGGCCGCCGGCAAGUUCUGUGAGACCACUAUCGGCAGCAAGGUCAUGGAGAAUGGCCUUCUCUUCAAAGAACUUCUGCAGACUCCGAAUUUUCGAAUUACGGUGGUGGAUGACGCAGACACCGUUGAACUUUGUGGUGCUCUGAAGAACAUCGUGGCCGUGGGAGCUGGGUUCUGUGAUGGCCUCCGCUGUGGCGACAACACCAAAGCUGCCGUCAUCCGUCUGGGGCUCAUGGAAAUGAUCGCCUUUGCCAGGAUCUUCUGCAAGGGCCAGGUGUCUACGGCCACCUUCCUGGAGAGCUGUGGCGUGGCCGACCUGAUCACCACCUGCUAUGGGGGCCGGAACCGCAGGGUUGCUGAGGCCUUUGCCAGGACCGGAAAGACCAUCGAGGAACUGGAGAAGGAAAUGCUGAAUGGGCAGAAGCUGCAAGGCCCUCAGACGGCCGCUGAGGUGUACCGCAUCCUCAAGCAAAAGGGCCUGGUGGACAAGUUUCCAUUGUUUACUGCCGUCUACCAGAUCUGCUAUGAAGGCAGGCCCGUCCAAGAGAUGUUGUCUUGUCUCCAGAGCCAUCCAGAGCAUAUAUAAAGUGAAUUACACAGCAGGUCAGGGAGAGGCCCGCCUCUCUGAUCAGUCAUUUGCAUUCAGAUGGAAACCAGGACUUGGCAACAAUAUCUUGGCUUGACUGUAAUCCCAUCCUGGAUAUGUAUGAAUUUUUACAGGUUCAUUUUUGAAUUGUGAGAUGAAGUUCACUGGCUAAGAUAUUACUGAGCAACCACCAGAUACACAUACGGGACCGUGUGAGUGCAUAUUCCUUUCUCCUUCUGUGGAUGUUUCUAUGAACCAAAAUUAAAGGCCCUUUUUAAAAAUUACUUUUGAAAACUUCCCACAGUGGUAGCUUCUAAGAUUGGAACUAUCACAGCUAAAAGUUUUGGAUCUAAUUCAUAUGUAUUUCAGUGGAGGAGUUUUUUUUGUUUUUGUUUUUGUUUUUUCUCUUAAGGUUAAACUCUAACCAGCAUUAACAUGGUAGCAUGGACAAGUGAGUGGGUUCAAAGGUGAAUAUACUGUAACUUUUAAACACUAUCUCAGAACCAGCAUAUUUAACAACUACAGUUGUGAGUUCUUUUUUUUUUAACAAUUACAUGUUUUAAAUUAGGUAAUCCACUUAUAUGUAUGUUCCUCUCACUCCAGUUUUCUGCAAUUUUAGCCUCCUUUCUCUUCAUUAGCUCUCAGAAUGUGCUUUCAUAAAGGCUCAGUCAUGGCAGAAGUCAGAAAACUCAUCUGGGAUUUUCCUGCUGUGACUGACACAUUCUGAUUAAGGAUCCUUUUUGUCAGGUAGUACUUUUGUGCAAACAUUUCCUUUAAGCCUCACAGAUCUCCUGAAAGGGGGCUGCUGUUAUCCCUCUUUUAAGAUGCAGUCACUGUGCUGGGUCUUCUGGCAGGUAGGGGCAGAGCCAGGGUCAAGCCCAGUGCUCCACCCCAACCCUAAGGCCAGGAUUUGCUCGGAUCUCACUGGGCUGGUUUGUUCUCCCACUAAUUGGUUGUAGCAGAUGCCACACACAGCCUUUCCUGAGGCCAUAGGUGGGCUUCCUGCAGCCAAGGUUUGUGUGGGUCCUUGUCUAGAAGGAUGCCACUCAAACUGCGGACUUUACACUGUCACAGGUUCCCAGGUCCAACCCAGACCUCUGAAGUGGGUAUUGUAUUUCUGCUUUGACAUGCCUCCCACGUGUUCUGAUGCGCACUACAGUUGGACAACCACUACUGUAGAAAACUUACUUUCGACUGGCAUUUCUCAAACCAUGUUCCAUAGGAAACAAGUGUCCUGGGAUCCAGUGGUGGUUCCGCAUGUUCCCUGGCAAGGUCCAGUGAGUUUGGGAAAAGCCGCAUCUGUACACCCCUCUUGAAGCAGCAGAAUAUAUGUUAGUGGAACCUGUUUAUUUAACCCAGCAUGUCUCAGACAGAUUAUGGAGGUUUUUUUUUUUUUUUUUUUUUUUUUGGCAAGUAAACGUGCCAGGAUUUCCAAGGAAACACCCUUCCAGGCUGAGGUGACCUUAGGACAGCUCAGCUCGAGUAUACCCUUCACUCUGCCAGAAAUGAGGAUGAAUGGCUAUCUGUGGUUUGUUAGUUCUGAACCUUUAGAGUUCAGGUCUGUCUUGGACCUUUGAUGAAGCUUUAAGGUGACACCAUCAGCCAACCAAGUGGAUGUCAACCUCGCUGAAACGCACAUUAUGUGGACUAAGUGCUUUUAAUUCUAGAAUUAGAAUGGGAAUUACUGUAUCUUUGUAAAUGUGAUUGGUUUCAGGAUAGCAUUACACUUAAUAAAUGUUAAGGGAAUGUGUGAAUGUCGCUUAUGCAUUCAUGGAUGUUUCAGUCACUUAGAGAUUUUUUGACUUUUUUAAUUUUCCAGCUUGGGUCUUUUUUUCCUUCUACACCUAAAAUGAUUAUAGACUAGAUUUCGUGGGAAUUUGAAACUCCCACAUGCAGAAGUAACUGAAAGCACAUAAUAUGCUGCAGGUUUCGUUGAUUUUAGUGCCACUAUUAAGUCAAUCAAUUUUUGCUUGUCUCAUAAUUAAUCUUUUUUAAAGUUUGUACAUAGGUAACAAAGUGUUACUUUUAAAGAUACAUAAAGGGCUGUAAGCUAAUCAUGUCUAUUAAGUGGGAUCAUCAGACAUGAGGAAUUGGGAUUUUGUCCUUUGUAUCAUCUCAUCUGCAUUCACCUUCCUACACUGGGUUUGUACUUCUGUGUUUUUUCUUUGUAAACACCCUCUUUCCACUCUGAAGUCUGACUGUACCUAUUGAACAUACUUCUAAUAUUCUGCACAUAUGGAAAAAGGUAAAUUUUAUAUCAGUUUGUGCUUUGCUAACUGUAGAUAUUUAUUACUCUACGAGUUCUCUAUUUUUAUAACCACCUCUGGUCCAUCAUUUCUUUUAAUUCUCCUUUCUUACUAAUUCUGGUAAUAGGGGAGGGAGACAUCUAGAAGAGAAGCUUAAUUUAUAUUGUUUCAGCCAAUCUGUGAAUGUAAAAACUACACUGUUGCCUUGCUAUUGUCCAACCUCCUCUAAUGUGAAGCAUACGUCUGUCCUGAAACCCACCCUAGCAGGUGGGGUGAAGCUAAACUCCUUCUGGUGAAUUUCAUUUAACUCUUAGUUAUAACAUGGCCCCAUGGCGUCAGCCCACAGAGUGAUGAGGUGCUGCUGUACAAGAGAGUCAGUCUUCAGUUUUUCCACUAGCUCUAACUAAGAGACUUUUCCCUACACAUGUACUAUCUUUGUUUACAGAUUGUGGGUGAAUAUGAUUUAAAAGCUUGGUUUAAUAAACAUUGAAUCCCAAACCUA